GGUGGGAAGAGACGGGAUUCCUGGCUAGCAAGGGUGCCUUCUUCUGCAGCAGAAGAAGGUGGCUGAGUUCUGGUCGGGGUGGAGGGAGGGAACGCAUUUAAAGAGGCCAUGCCCCAGGAGCAGGUAAACAUUUAAAGGGACAGGUGCCCCAAAGAGAAGAGGCAUUUAAAGAUGCAAGUGCCCAAGACAGAGCAGUCCUGUGGAGCCGAGCUCGGCAGACACAAGACCUUGAAAGUGGUAGCUUCUUAGAAGAGCAGGACAUUUUAAUAAGACUAGAGCCAAGCUUAGGAAGCGUUUAAAGAGGCAUGGGCUGGGUUUUGAGAACACUUUUAUUAAAGAGGCAGGGAUAAAGAAGUUCGUUGUCAAGGACCUGGUGAGGAAGACCAUGCCCUCCUGCUCUCCCCCAUUGUCCUUUCUGGCUCCUCCAGGUUCCCUCGACCCCGGACCCCUGUUCCCAGACUAUGGCCCCCAGUGCCCUUUAGAUCUGGCGGGACUCCCGUGCUUACGACCCCUAUUUGGGGGUCUGGGUGGCUACUGGAGGGCCUUGCAGAGGGGAAGAGAAAGCAGAACCAUGGCAUCUAGGGCCUCUGAACCUCCCCCAGGGCGCAGCGUGACGGCGGGCAUUAUCAUCGUUGGAGAUGAGAUCCUCAAGGGACACACUCAGGACACUAAUACCUACUUCUUGUGCCGGACACUGCGCUCCCUCGGGGUCCAGGUGUGCCGAGUCUCUGUUGUACCUGACGAAGUAGCCACCAUUGCUGCUGAGGUCACCUCUUUUUCCAGCCGCUUCACCCACGUCCUCACAGCAGGGGGCAUUGGUCCUACUCAUGAUGAUGUGACCUUUGAGGCGGUAGCACAGGCCUUUGGGGAUGAGCUCAAGCCACACCCUGAGCUGGAAGCAGCCAUCAAAGCCCUAGGAAGGGAGGGCUCAGAGAAGUUGUCGCUGGUGCCCUCCUCUGCCCGCCUGCAUUACGGCACAGAUCCGCACACCGGCCGCCCCUUCAGAUUCCCACUGGUCUCGGUCCGCAAUGUCUACCUCUUCCCAGGCAUCCCAGAGCUGCUGCAGCGGGUGCUGGAGGGGCUGAAGGGACUGUUUCAAAACACAGCUGUUCGGUUUCACUUGCGGGAGCUGUAUGUGGCAGCCGACGAGGCCUCAAUUGCCCCCAUCCUGGCCGAGGCGCAGGCCCACUUUGGACACAGGCUUGGCCUGGGUUCCUACCCCGACUGGAGCAGCAACUACUAUCAGGUGAAGCUGACGCUGGACUCACAGGAAGAAGCACCCCUGGAGGAAUGCGUGGCCUAUCUGACUGCCCGUCUGCCUCAGGGAUCACUGGUACCCUACACACCCAAUGCCACGGAGCAUGCCAGUGAGGCUGUAUACAAACUCUCCAAGUCAGGGUCUUCUCUGGGGAAAAAGGUAGCAGGUGCCCUGCAGACCAUUGAGACUGCACUGGCUCGGUACAGCCUCACCCAGCUCUGUGUGGGCUUCAAUGGGGGCAAGGACUGCACUGCCCUCCUGCACCUCUUCCACGCAGCUGUGCAGAGGAAGCACCCUGACACUCAAGAACCCCUCCAGAUCCUGUAUAUCCGUGGCAUCUCCCCUUUUCCUGAGCUGGAGCGGUUUCUACAGGACACUAUCAAAAGGUACAAUCUGCAGGUGCUGGAGGCUGAGGGCGACAUGAAGCAGGCUCUGUGCCAGGUGCAGGCACAGCACCCCCAGCUGGAGGCCACCCUGAUGGGCACCCGCCGCACCGACCCCUACUCCUGCAGCCUCUGCCCCUUCAGCCCCACUGACCCAGGCUGGCCCUCAUUCAUGCGCAUCAACCCACUGCUGGACUGGACCUACAGAGACAUCUGGGACUUUCUGCGUCAGCUGUUUGUCCCAUACUGUAUCCUGUACGACCAGGGCUACACAUCCCUGGGGAGCCAGCAGAACACAGUGCAGAACCCAGCCCUGAAGUACCUGGGUCCGGGGGGACAGCCCACCUACCGUCCCGCCUACCUACUUGAGAAUGAAGAUGAAGAGCGGAACUCCCGCAUGUGACCUGCCUGCUCCAGGAGGAGUGCAGGCUGCCCUGGAUGUAACCUCUCGUGCUCAGCCCAAACCCCAUCCAGAUGCCUGUGGCCAGCUGCGCUUGACCAAGAAUGGGCCCCAAACAAGUGAAGUUUGGAUCCUGCUUGGAGUUGGUGCCAUCUGUCAGACCUGCCUCAUCUCUAGGCCUCCACUCCCAGCCCCCACCUCUGGUGGGCCUCUGGUGGGCAGGGCCUUGGCCUGCUGGCCAGAACCCCAGUAAGCCUGCCUGGCACAGUGAGCCCACCAGCCCAGGUGGCUGAUCUUAUCAUAUCCUCUUAGUGCCAGGAAUGGGCUGCCCCCUAAUAACUCUGAGAAUCCCUGAACUAUAUAUAUAAUAAAUAGGACUUGAGGCUGAAA